UUUCUGAUUGGUAAUAGCAAAGAUGCUGCUCUUUCUGGUGAUAGGCAACUAUGUAGUGGAUCUGUAGUAUAGGAGUGGAUCACCGACCAUUUGUCAGAUCAGUGAUUCCGUCAAGGAAAGGAGGAAGGAUAUUAUUUAGUAUUCGAAAGGUGGCUGUUUUGGAUAUGGAAUCACUUUAAACUGUUGGGAAGCGCGCACCUGCCUCUCACUGACGUCAGUGCAGGACCAGGUUGCGCCAUUUUGAAAGUAGAAGCAGGGAGAGGGAAAUAAUAGUUGCAAAGUGAUCCGAGAAAGCGUUGCUGAUUGUCAAAACAUUGCUUAGCAAGAUAAGUGACCGGAGAAGUUGAAGAAUAGCAGGGGAAAAGAGCCACACCCUCCAUAGCCUCACUUGUACUCACAUCGAGAUUCUGCUUGUACACACCCUAGCCCGGCAAACUGGAAAGAUAAGCAAGGGCCCCAACCAAGCCCUCGACAGAGAUUCCCUCUCACCAUGGCAGGAGCCGGCGGCGGGGGCAAUGAUGUGCAGUGGUGUUUUUCUCAAGUCAAAGGAGCGAUUGAUGACGAUGUUGCUGAAGCUGACAUCAUAUCCACUGUGGAAUUCAAUCACUCUGGCGAGCUACUAGCCACUGGGGACAAGGGGGGCCGUGUUGUCAUCUUUCAGCAGGAGCUAGAGAGUAAGAACCAGCCACUGUGCCGUGGAGAGUACAAUGUUUACAGCACCUUCCAGAGCCACGAGCCUGAGUUCGACUACCUGAAGAGCCUGGAGAUCGAGGAGAAGAUCAACAAGAUCCGCUGGCUUCCUCAGAAGAACGCUGCACAGUUCCUCUUGUCCACGAAUGAUAAAACUAUAAAGCUGUGGAAAAUCAGUGAACGGGACAAGAGACCAGAGGGGUAUAACCUGAAGGAAGAGGAUGGACGUUACAGAGACCCCACCACUGUCACAACACUACGGGUCCCAGUGUUUCAUCCCAUGGACCUGAUGGUGGAGGCCAGCCCCAGACGAGUGUUUGCUAACGCGCACACCUACCACAUCAACUCCAUCUCGGUCAACAGCGACUGUGAGACCUACCUCUCUGCCGAUGACCUUCGCAUCAACCUCUGGAACCUGGAGAUCACUGACCGCAGCUUUAACAUUGUAGACAUCAAGCCAGCUAACAUGGAGGAGUUGACAGAGGUGAUCACAGCAGCAGAGUUCCAUCCUAACCAGUGCAACACCUUUGUCUACAGCAGCAGCAAGGGCACCAUCCGCCUCUGUGACAUGAGGGCAUCAGCUCUCUGUGACCAGCACUCCAAACUGUUUGAAGAGCCUGAGGAUCCAAGCAACCGCUCAUUCUUCUCUGAGAUCAUCUCCUCCAUCUCUGAUGUCAAGUUCAGCCACAGUGGGCGCUACAUGAUGACGCGGGACUACCUCACCGUCAAAAUCUGGGACCUCAACAUGGAGUCCCGUCCAGUAGAGACUUAUCAGGUUCAUGAAUACCUCAGGAGUAAACUGUGCUCACUCUAUGAGAAUGACUGCAUCUUUGAUAAGUUUGAGUGCUGCUGGAAUGGAAACGACAGUGUUGUGAUGACGGGCUCAUACAACAACUUCUUCCGGAUGUUUGACCGAGGCUACCGGCAGGAUGUGACCCUGGAGGCGUCUCGGGAGAGCAGUAAGCCUCGCUCUGUGCUCAAGCCCCGUAAGGUGUGCACAGGUGGGAAACGCAAGAAGGACGAAAUCAGUGUAGACAGCCUGGACUUUAACAAGAAGAUCCUCCACACGGCCUGGCACCCCCAGGACAACAUCAUUGCUGUGGCCACCACUAACAACCUCUAUAUAUUUCAGGACAGACUGUAACUAUUAUUCAAUAAACCCUUCAUAUCCCAGAUCCCACUUUAGCCCCACUACUCUGGUCACCAACACCUCAUCUGGAGAAGUGCAGCAAAACGCAUCUGUUUUGAUGGCUUUGUUAGUCUUAUUUCCUGUUCAGGGGGCUCCAACAGUACCACACUUCUCCUGCCACAUUGCAACUGAUGUCCACUACAUCCCAAAGGGAACACUUUUCUAACACUGUAGUCUUUUGGUGGGAUAUUGUUUAUUAAGCUAAUUCCCUAUGUUGCUAAUUUCACGGUUUUGGUGCCACAAGCAUUUUUAUAUGAACAAGCAUUUUUUCUUUUGAUAGGGAGUUAUUUCAACUGGGUUCCCACCUCCAACCCUCUAUUUUUUACACAAAUUACAAAAUGCCAUUCUGCAUUGACCAAAUUUACAAGCUGUCAGCUCUCUAUAUUUGUCCCAGGCUGUUUGCCAAGUUGCCAAGUUUCCUCACCCUCAUCUUUCACAUACAUUACACACUCACUCUUAACAUCGAUGUAGACACAUACAAAGCUCAACUCAGUUGGUGGAUUGGUUUGGGGGUAAUUUCGAGACAACUAUGCCGAAUGCACAGUUGUUAUCCAGUCUGCGACUACAGACAAGGCUUAACAGUCUGGUAAACACAGAUUCCUUUUCCAGAGGUAACCUGCAGUAUGAAGCCAUUGCUUUUCCAAGUAAAUGGUAGUGGGCAGAGGUGCUGCAGGCAGCCUAAUCUCACAUGGAAGGGACUGGUCCCUCUUGCUCUUAGUGCCACCAUGUACAGCUCAGCACAGAGGCUCCAGUGCAGUUAUUGUAAGAGAGUCUUCAGGCAGAGGCAUGCCUUGGCCAUAUUGUGCUGACCUGCAUGACUUGUCAGUUUAAAUGUGAGAGGCACUCAUUUGUACCUCUGCUGCUAAGUUCCAUGCAUGUGUCUUGACUUAUGCUUAUAUUUCUUAUGAAUUGUUCCCCUCUGGAUCAAGUUUUUUGUUUGUAUAUUUUUUUAUUAUAUUUUGUACUUCAGAUAAAUAAUAAUCACUAUAAUUAGUUUAUUUUUGUAUGAACUAAGACAGAAAUAUUGAUAACAUUUAACCCCCCCACACUACUUGGUUCAGUCUGAUCACUGUUGUCUGUUAAACUGUAGGUUUUGGACUGAUCUGUAGACUGAAAGAUUACUUGAACUGGUGAUAUUUAAUGUGACUUAUUGUGUUAAAUUCAAGUGGGCCGCUGGUCUAAAUAUGGAGUGCAUAUUAAUGUACCAUUAAGAAAGGCUUAAUGCAUGUUGAUGUCCAAAGAGCAGUCUUUUCAGGCAUCGGUGCCACUGCGGACUCAUUAGGGUCAUUAUCUGAAUGUUUUUGUAUUUGGGUUACUGUAACUGAUAUUGACUGGAAUGGAUUCGGUUGCUUCAGUUUUAGUUUAUUUGCGCGAAUUGUUUCAACUCCGUUUGUGUGUGCCAUGGCUAUGUUUUCUAAACAUUUGCACUGAGUGAAAGAUAAUGAAUAAUAAAUAGGCCAUUGUACAGUGAGAAUGGGCAAGGCAUUAUCUGUUUUCUCUGCUUCAGUUUGACUGAAGAAACACUCUUAACCACAUUCACUCUGAGGAGAAUCAGGUUGAUUGACUAGACAGGUUUACUGACAUUUUAUAAUGAGAUGUUUUCUUUUCGAUUGUGCAUAACAAGUUAUUUAUGCAGGAAACAAAGUAAAACUGUUAAGUGUAUCAUUGAAUGAAAUUACUGGUUAAUGUCAGCUCAGGGCAUUGGAGACAGUAUUUCAAACGUAUGGCAUGUCCAGCAUUUGUACUGUAUUUAGUUGAUGUGGCAUUAUUUGUUAAGGAUGUUUUGGGAGGUUGUGUCUGUAGUACAUUUGUUUAUGUAUACACUUGAUUGACGAGAUGGAUGCCAAUUGUGAGCCAUUGGAUCAUAAUAAGUUAGCAUUAAGCUUAAGAAUUGAGGCUCACUCACUAGUAAUGCUACCAAUAAGCACUAUUGCAGACUGUCUGCAAUCAAGGUCAUUAGCUCUACUGGUGUUGUCUCUUCCUUAGGACUCUGCCUAUGUCCUUGUUGAAUACUUAGAUUUUCUUAUGUUUUGUGGACAGUUUAUAAUGGCUGUCACUUUGUUAGCUGUUGUGAGAAUGUGUCAUGACAUGAGGAACAAGAGUGUAGCCUACUGUACAUGUCAUGGUUAAGAUGUUAAAUGCUACAUAGGAGAAGCCACACGUUAUACCCCUGACCCCAUACCACUAUCACACACUUGGCAUCAGAACAUCAAGGCUCAGUUACGGUACAAAUUUAGUUGUCAAAAUUGGCUUUUUUAUUUUUCUUAAAUUUACUGUCAGUUAUUCUAAAGCGUCAAUACAUGGAGACACCUAAACAAAAUAAAUGAGUACUUUUCCCCCAACACACUCCUGUCUUUACAGCUCUUGUGCAAAGCCACCAAAUGUCAUUCAGAAGGACCUAAUUGCCUUUUUCAUAGCAGAGGAAAUAAUGAGAUAAUCAAGUAUUUUUCCUGAAGUGACUGUUGGCUUUUCAGGCACGAGACUGCUCACGGGAACUUAAAUAUAAUGUAUUCACAGAACUCGCAACAGAAUGCACUUUUAUUUUUGUGAAUUUCAUUGAUUUGUAUGUUUUGUUUUGAGAGGCUCUUGAUAAAGAUUGGGGGACAUUUUGGGUGAUUCAAAAAAAUAUCAAUACAGCGGUUUUAAAGGUUUACUGUAUAGGUCUGUUUGCCUUUGUCAAAUGGAAUAAAAUAUAGUUUAGAUUUAAUGAGUAAUAAAGUAUUUCAAAACUGAA